AUGCGAAAGACUGUCAAAGUGGCUGUUGUGCGCUACACAAAGCACCCUUACGUAGAUGGCAAGGUGCUCAAGCACGAAAAGAACUUCCUUGCACACGACGAAGAGCAGGUCUGCUUUGUGGGCGACGUCGUCCGCAUCCAGGACUGCCACCCAAUCUCAAAGCGAAAGCACUUCAUGGUGGUCAAGGUCGAGAAGCCAGUCCCAAAGUUUGUCGACCCAGACACGGGAUUCCUGUUCACAACAGGCAUGUGA